AUGACUGGGGGGUCAGAAUCAGAGAAAGGAGAAGUACACGUGAAGUUCAGCCUGUCUGCCUGCGCCUCAGCCUGCUGGUUGUCCCCCGGGGCCAACCAGUACCGACUAGCACCAUGGGAGCUCCAGGCAAAACCUAUUUAUGGUGGCUGGCUGCUCCUGGCUCCAGACGGGACCGACUUUGACAACCCAGUGCAUCGGUCUCGGAAAUGGCAGCGGCGGUUCUUCAUCCUCUACGAGCACGGCCUCUUGCGCUAUGCCCUGGACGAGAUGCCCACAACCCUGCCUCAGGGCACCAUCAACAUGAACCAGUGCACAGACGUGGUGGAUGGGGAGGGCCGGACAGGCCAGAAGUUCUCCCUGUGCAUUCUGACCCCUGAGAAGGAGCAUUUCAUCCGGGCAGAAACCAAGGAGAUCAUCAGUGGAUGGCUAGAGAUGCUCAUGGUCUAUCCCAGGACCAAUAAGCAAAACCAAAAGAAGAAGCGGAAGGUGGAGCCUCCCACACCACAGGAACCAGGGCCGGCCAAGAUGGCUGUCACCAGCAGCAGCAGCAUUCCCAGUGCUGAGAAGGUCCCCACCACCAAGUCUACACUCUGGCAGGAAGAAAUGAGGGCCAAGGACCAGCCUGAUGGGAGCAGCCUCAGUCCAGCUCAGAGUCCCAGCCAGAGCCAGCCUCCUGCUGCCAGCACCCUGAGGGAACCCGGGCUGGAGAGCAAAGAUGAGGAGAGCACCAUGAGCAGCGACCGCAUGGACUGUGGCCGCAAAGUCCGGGUAGAGAGCGGCUACUUCUCCCUGGAGAAGACCAAGCAGGACUUGAAGGCCGAGGAGCAGCAGCUGCCCCCGCCGCUCUCCCCUCCCAGCCCCAGCACCCCCAGCAACAGGUAUAGUGGCCCCGGACCGCCCUCCCAGGAGCUUGGUCAUCCCCUUCCUUCCCCAGGUUCUCGAACCCCCAGCCGAAUGGUCUGCAGCAGCUCCCUUGGCUCCCUGGAUGUGGCCAGCCGGCCCCCCGCCCGCAUGGACUCCGGCAGCGCUGGGGGGCGGGGAGCAGAGACACCCGGGCGCACCUUUGCCUUUAAAGCCAGCAGGCAGUAUGCCGCCCUGGCCGACGUCCCUAAGGCCGUCAGGAUCAGCCACCGAGAAGCCUUCCAGGUGGAGAGAAGGCGGCUGGAGCGUAGGACUCGGGCCCGGAGCCCUGGCAGGGAAGAGGUGGCCCGUCUGUUUGGCAGCGAGAGGAGGAGGUCCCAGGUCAUUGAGAAAUUUGAGGCCUUGGACAUUGAGAAGGCAGAGCACAUGGAGACUAACUCGUCAGCCGGGCCCUCACCAUCAGGUGACACUCGCCAGGGCCGUAGCGAGAAGAGGGCAUUUCCCAGGAAACGGGACCUCCCCAACGAAGCCCCCACAGCUCCUCUCACGGACACCUCGGCCUCCCCCCUGUCUCCACACCGAAGAGCCAAGUCACUGGACAGGAGGUCCACGGAGUCCUCCCUGACGCCCGACCUGCUGAAUUUCAAGAAAGGCUGGCUGACCAAGCAGUAUGAGGAUGGCCAGUGGAAGAAACACUGGUUUGUCCUUGCUGAUCAAAGUCUGAGAUACUACAGGGAUUCAGCAGCUGAGGAGGCGGCUGACUUGGACGGGGAAAUUGACUUGUCUACGUGUUACGAUGUCACAGAGUAUCCAGUCCAGAGAAACUAUGGCUUUCAGAUACAUACGAAGGAGGGCGAAUUCACUCUUUCUGCUAUGACAUCUGGAAUCCGGCGGAAUUGGAUCCAGACCAUCAUGAAACACGUCCACCCAAGCUCUGCUCCAGACGUGACGAGCUCACUGCCAGAGGAAAAGAACCGGAGCAGCUCCUCCUUUGAGACCUGCCCGAGGCCAAGUGAGAAGCCAGAGGCGGAGCGUGGAGAGCCAGACCCCGAGCAGAAGAGGAGCCGGGCUCGGGAGCGGAGGCGGGAGGGCCGUUCUAAGACCUUUGACUGGGCUGAGUUCCGCCCCAUUCAGCAGGCCCUGGCUCAGGAGAGGGCCCGCACCACGGGGGCUUCUGACGCCCACCCCGAGGCUGAGGCCGGCGAGCUGGAGCGGGAGCGUGCGCGGCGGCGGGAAGAGCGCCGUAAGCGCUUCGGGAUGCUCGAUGCCACGGAUGGGCCGGCCGCUGAUGACACGGCCCUGCGGAUGGAGGUUGACCGCAGCCCAGGGCUGCCUGUGACUGCCGACCUCAAGACACAGAACGUCCACGUGGAGAUCGAGCAGCGGUGGCAUCAGGUGGAGACCACUCCUCUCCGGGAAGAAAAGCAAGUGCCCAUUGCCCCCCUGCACCUGUCCUCCUCCGAGGAUGGAAGUGACCGCCUCUCCGCUCACGAGCUGACCACUCUGCUGGAGAAGGAGUUGGAGCAGAGCCAGAAGGAGGCCUCGGACCUUCUGGAGCAGAACCGGCUCCUGCAGGACCAGCUGAGGGUGGCUCUGGGCCGGGAACAGAGUGCCCGGGAGGGCUACGUGCUCCAGACUGAAGUGGCCACUUCCCCAUCCGGUGCCUGGCAGAGGCUCCAUAGAGUCAACCAGGAUCUGCAAAGCGAGCUGGAGGCCCAGUGCCAGCGCCAGGAGCUGGUCACGCAGCAGAUCCAGUCCCUGAAGCGCAGCUACGGGGAGGCCAAGGACGCGAUCCGGCACCAUGAGGCCGAGAUCCGGAGCCUCCAGGCGAGGCUCAGCAAUGCCGCUGCCGAGCUCGCCAUCAAGGAGCAGGCGCUGGCCAAGCUCAAGGGUGACCUGAAGCUGGAGAAGGACAAGGUCCGUGAGCAGCUGGAGGAGUGGCAGCACAGCGAGGCCGCGCUGAGCGGUCAGCUGCAGGCCAGCGAGCAGAAGCUCAAGAGCGCCGAGGCCCUGCUGCUGGAGAAGACGCAGGAGCUGCGGGACCUGGAGAUGCAGCAGGCACUACAGAGGGACCGGCAGAAGGAGGUACAGAGGCUGCAGGAGCGCAUUGCCGACCUCAGCCAGCAGCUCGGCGCCAGCGAGCAGGCCCAGAGGCUGAUGGAGGAGAAGCUGCAGAGGAACUACGAGCUGCUGCUGGAGAGCUGCGAGAAGGAGAAGCAGGUGCUGCUGCAGAACCUGAAGGAGGUGGAGGACAAGGCCAGCGCCUAUGAGGACCAGCUCCAGGACCACGAGCAGCAGAUGGAGGUCCUCCAGAAGGAGAAGUUGAGCGCCAAGUUCGAGGGCAGCGAGGUAGUACACCAGCUGGAGGAGCAGCUGGAGAUGAAGGAGGCCAGCAUCCAGAAGCUGGCUGAGCACGUCCAGAGCCUCAGAGACGAGCGGGACCUGAUCAGGCAGCGGUUCCAGGAGCUGAUGGAUCGUGUCGCCCUGUCUGACGGGGACGUUGCUGAGCUUCAGGAGAAGCUGAGGGGAAGGGAGGCCGACUACCAGAGCCUGGAGCACUCCUACAGGAGGGUGGCCGGCCAGCUCCAGAGCAUGCACACGCUGCUGAAGGAAAAGGAGGAAGAGCUGAAGCACAUCAAGGAGAUGCACGAGAAAGUUCUGGAGAAGAAAGAUCAAGACCUCAAUGAGGCUUUGGUUAAAAUGGUUGCCUUGGGGAGCAGCUUAGAGGAAACAGAAAUGAAGCUCCAGGCAAAGGAAGAGAUUUUAAGGAAAUUUGUAAAGCAGUCUUCAGAGGACGCGGAGGAGGAGCCGCGGAGUGGCCCAGAAGAGGCGGAGGACGGCAGCGUGCCGUUGGGCCCGCAGCUCCAAGCUGCCGGCACACCCCCGGCCUUCCCACAUCCCAGGCUCGAGGAUGAGGCCCCGGGGGCGGCCCUGGGGGAAGCGCAAGGCGACAGCAGCCCCAAGAGAGAAGAGAGUGUGGGCUCUCUGAGGUUGGACGUGCCGGACAGGGAGGGGCACCUUCAGAGCACGGCAAAACCGGACCAGGGAGUCCCUGGUGUCAAAAGGCAAAGAAUCCGGUUCUCCACAAUUCAGUGCCAAAAAUACUCGCACCCCGAUGGGUGCGAGAAGACCUGGACCAGCAGCACAUCCUCCGACACCAGCCAGGACCGGUCGCCCUCGGAGGAGAGCAUGUCGUCAGAGGCCACCCCCAGCUCUCUCCCUGCGACCAGCGACUCCGACACCUAUCUCUCCAUAAUCCACUCCCUGGAGACGAAGCUCUACAUCACGGAGGAGAAGCUCAAAGACGUGACGGUGAAGCUGGAGAGCCAGCAGGGCCAGAGCCAGGAGGCCCUGCUAGCACUGCACCAGCAGUGGGCCGGCACCGAGGCGCGGCUCCGCGAGCAGCUCCGCGCCAGCCUGCUUCAGGUCGGAGCGCUCGCCUCCCAGCUGGAGCAGGAGAGACAAGGGAGGGCGAAGAUCACCGAAAAGCACGUCGGGGAGCUCGGCGACUUCCAGGUGAAAAACAGUCAGGCUCUGGCUUGCUUGGAAAACUGCCGAGAGCAGCUGUGCUCUCUGCAAGUGGCCGGCCCGGAGGAAGCGCAGGGUGCAGGCGCGGGCCCCCUGGCCAGCAUGGAGGGCGCUCUAGCCAGCACUGUCCAGGCCCUGUGCCACUGGCCCGCUCCCGCAGACGGCGCAACCCGGCCUCAGCCAGAGGAAGCACGUUUCGUGGAGCUCGGGAAGGCGAGCUUGCGGCCGCUGCACCGGCCCGAACUGACCGAGCAGGAGCAGCUGAAACUCCUCUCCGAUCAAAUAGCUCUGGAAGCCUCACUGAUAAACCAGAUAGCAGACUCUCUAAAAAACACAACAUCCGAUAUCUCGCGCGUUCUGCACGAGAUUUCUCAGUCGGGAAAGUUGCCCCUGGAAUCUGAAAGUGCUGCUCUCUGCCCCAGGGACCCAGCAGACACCUGGGCUAAGAAGGUGCUGGUGGAUGGCGAAUUCUGGAGCCAGGUUGAGUCCCUGAGUAAGCACCUGGGAACGCUGGGCGGAGAGGCAGCCGGCACAUCGGGAGGCAGGCAGCAGAGUGUCCCUGCGGCCUUGGUUCCUGCCCUGGCAGACGCCACGUGGGUCAGGGCAGAGCUCAGCUUCGCGCUGCAGUCGGCGAGGGAGUCCUUCCACCAGAGGCUGCAGAGCAUCCAAGAGACCCUCCGGGGGACCCAGCUGGCCCUGCGGCAGCACAAGCGUGUGCUGGGGGACAUCCUGGGAGCCUACCGAACCCCCGACUUCGAGAGAGUGAUGCAGCAGGUCUCAGAAGCCCUCAGGCUUCCCGCAGAUGUUGAAGACGGCGGCAUGCAGGCGUCCUGGGACCUGAGCCUGUUAGGAGAAGUGCUGAGUCAUCAGGAAGCAGCCGGCUCCCGGGAGCCCUUCUGCGUGUCCGUGUCUGACCAGAGCUCUGGGGCCCUUGUCGCUAUUCAGGAAGAACUCGCCCUGCAGCUUAAAGAUAAGGCCAGCCUCUUAGGGGAGAUAUCUGCCGCUUUAACCUCGCUUCCCCCUGUGGAGUCAGUGAGAGAUUGUCAGAAGCUUCUCCAGGCAUCGCAGAACCUCUCCUAUGACACUUCCCUGGGAGGCCUCGGUCAGUAUUCUUCGUUACUAGUUCAGGAUGCAAUUAUUCAGGCUCAGGUGUGUUACGCAGCCUGCAAAAUCCGGCUGGAGUACGAAAAGGAGCUCCGGUGCUACAAGGCGUCCUGGCAGGGCAGGGGAGCCUCCUGUCAGGAGCACGAGCGAGCCGUUGGGGCCCUGAGGGAGGAAUACGAGGAGCUUCUCCGGAAGCAAAAGAGCGAGUACCUGGAAGUGAUUGCCAUCGUUGAGAGGGAAAACACCGAGCUCAAGGCCAAGGUCACCCAGCUGGACCAUCAGCAGAGGUGUCUGGAAGAAGUGGAGAGCAAGCACAGUGAGAACAUGUUCGCCCUGCAAGGGAGGUACGAGGAAGAGAUCAGGUGUGUGGUGGAGCAGUUGAAUAGAGCAGGGGACACGCUGCAGGCCGAGCACAGCAGGGUCCUGAGCCAGCUGGAUGCCUCGGUCAGAGACCGGCAGGACAUGGAGCAGCACCACGUGGAGCAGAUGCAGAGCCUGGAGGACAAGUUCCAGCUCAAGAUCAAAGAGCUGCAGACCAUCCACGAGGAGGAGCUGAGGACCUUGCAGGAGCACUACUCACAGAGCUUGCAGUGCCUGCAGGAGGCCCUGCACCACUACCAGCGGCAGCUCCACGAAGCCCUGCCAGCUCCCGGCCCCCCGGGCAGCCCCCACCAGUCCACCUCCUCCAGCUGGCCCGCCAGCCAGCCCCGGGAUGCCCUGCAGGCUGCCAAGGGAGAGGCCGACUCCAUGACAGGGCUGAGAGAGCGCAUCCAGGAGCUGGAGGCCCAGAUGGACACCAUGCGGGAGGAGCUGGAGCACAAGGACCUGGAGGGCAGCGCGGCCACCCUGCGGGAGAAGUACCAGGAAGACUUUGAGAACCUUAAGGCCACGUGCGAGCGAGGGUUUGCAGCCAUGGAAGAAACGCACCAGAAGAAGAUUGAGGACCUGCAGAGACAGCACCAGCGGGAGCUGGAGAAGCUGCGAGAGGAGAAGGAUCGCCUCCUGGCCGAGGAGACGGCGGCCACUAUCUCAGCCAUUGAAGCCAUGAAGAAUGCCCACCGGGAGGAGAUGGAGCGCGAGUUAGAGAAGAGCCAGAGGUCCCAGAUCAGCAGCAUCAACUCGGACAUUGAGGCCCUACGACGACAGUACCUGGAGGAGCUGCAGUCGGUGCAGCGGGAGCUGGAGGUCCUCUCGGAGCAGUACUCCCAGAAGUGCCUGGAGAAUGCCCACCUGGCCCAGGCGCUGGAGGCUGAGCGCCAGGCCCUGCGGCAGUGCCAACGUGAGAACCAGGAGCUCAACGCCCACAAUCAGGAGCUGAACAACCGCCUGGCUGCGGAGAUCGCACGGUUACGGACGCUGCUGACCGGGGACGCGGGCGGGGAGGCCGCUGGCUCCCCGCUCACACAGGGCAAGGAUGCCUAUGAGUUAGAGGUCUUACUGCGGGUCAAGGAGUCAGAAAUACAGUACCUGAAACAGGAGAUCAGCUCUCUCAAGGAUGAGCUGCAGACAGCGUUGCGGGACAAGAAGUACGCUAGUGACAAGUACAAGGACAUCUACACGGAGCUCAGCAUUGUGAGGGCAAAGGCCGACUGUGACAUCAGCAGGUUGAAAGAGCAGCUGAAAGCAGCGACGGAAGCACUGGGUGAAAAAUCCCCCGAAAACACCCCUGUGUCAGGAUACGAUAUAAUGAAAUCUAAAAGCAACCCGGAUUUCUUAAAGAAAGACAGAUCCUGUGUCAGCCGGCAACUCAGAAACAUCAGGUCCAAGAGUCUGAAGGAAGGCCUGACGGUGCAAGAACGCUUGAAACUCUUUGAAUCCAGGGACUUGAAGAAAGACUAGCCGUGUCCCGUUCCACUUGAACACACACCGUUCCCAGCCUGCGGCAGCGCUGCCCUAUACCUUUAUUUUUUAUUAUUAUUGUUGUUGUUGUUACUGUUGUCAUUAACUGUGGGUAUGGAUGCAUGAGAGACUGGUUUAUGGGUUGUUCACACCGUUCUCUGCUGUGUUGAUUCCAGCUUCCUAUGUCUUUGUCAAAGCUUUUCUUUUUCCGUGGUAUUCUCAAAUUAGCCAAGCAGCGGGGGCCAGGAGGGCUGUCCGCUCCCGACCGGGGUCUGCGCAGAGCCCCCACCCGCCGCAGUCCACCGCACUCACUGUCAGUAUUAAGGCCCAGCAGCCUGUUGCUAAGCUAGCUCGUCCCGCCAAGUGCACUGUGCGGAGUCAGGGCCCGGGCAGCUCUCGCUGUGCUGCGUGUGGGCCCCGCGGGGAAAACACAGGGCGUCAGGUGGCUGCGGGAGGAGCAGGUUGGGGGGCGUGGUCCGCAACCUCCAUUCACCACCUCUGGCUUGGGAGAAGGACAGCACUUUGUACUUGUCCCACUCCUUCAGCUUAGAGCCACACCCAGGUCAUCGUGGGGAACCUUUCACAACCUGGAAAAUGUCGAAAGCAGCCAUUCCUAUUUUUGUUUGUUUUUUUAUUAAAUCUUGCACAAAACCCCGGCCCCUCUCAUUCCUUCCUACGCUCGUUCCUUUCUUGGUCACUAGCAGCCCUGGUCUUUUCGUAAAGACUUAGAGUGUUGACCUGCAGCCCGGGGUUUCAGACUGAGCACAUCAUUAUGAAUUCCCUCGGGUAGUCAGUCCUUCGAAGGGAAAGUCUGUUCGUGUCUUGAACCUUUCUGAAAGCAACCUGCACAUUCCUUUUGAGAAGGCUGAGGGAAGACCCCUGUGUUAAGUCAAGAAAGUACAGAGGAUGUCGGAAUCAGAUGAGAACUGCCAUUAUAUGUUUUUAACUCUAACCUGAAAAGUGCUCUUGCAGCAUUCAGAGAGCCCAGAGUAAACCUAUACUAACAAAGUUGCUUUUUCUACCCGUCAGAGUAAGACCUUUUAACUGUCCGGAAACACUGCAGUAGUUCUCGAGAAUCUCCUGCCCUGGGGUUUGUGUCACGGCCCUGGGAAGACCGCCAGUCGUUUUGAGAUGCGCAGCCCAGGCAAGUGGCAGCCGUGUUGUGGCCCUCGGGGCAGGCGGGGAGCGUCGCCAAGGAGGGUGCGGGGGGACCUCUUUUGAUCUCGCUGUGUCAGCGCCUCCGUUAGGUCGGCAGGCCCUGGGCACAUGGGUGCUUGGGGGUGAAAAUGGAGAAGUCACCGUGCUCGGUCUCUAGAUUCAGUCAGGGUCAUCCACGGAAAGCCCUGGAAGGGCCUGGGGCGUGCGGCCUUGUCACGGGCAUCGAGCCUUUCCCUCACCAGCUUCCAGACUCUCACCCCACACCUGUCACUCCUUUGCUGCUAUUCUUCCAUGUUGUCCAAGGCAAGAGAAUGUUAGGUCUGGUUUUUUAGUUCUGCUUCUCAGACACCGCUCCUCGCACCACCCCUUGUAGACUGGUAGUGUUUUUAGAAAGGACCAUGAUUUUGUGCGUGUGCCGCUCAGAAUGGGAGUGUAGAGAAGGAGUGCACGGGCCCUGGGGCCUGUUCUCUAGAACACUGUUCAGCAGGUGUGUUCUCCACGGCGGACAGCGACAUGCUGUCCAGCAGGAUCUGGCCUCUGCUCAGGCUGUCUUGGCACCGUGACCUCACGUCACCCCUUGGAGAAGGCCCCGCAUCUAGUGCAGUUUCCUCUGUGGUGGCCCCUGCUGCCUUGGGGACUCCGGCCCUCCCGCCUUCCUGGCAGGGUCCCUGCGCGGAGUCAGACUGUGGCCAGGGGGUGAAAUCUGCGGCGCUUUGAAUAGGUCGAAGAGCACCUUACGUACUUGUCAUCGUUUCCCCUGGAGGUCAGACGUCCGGAAUUGUGGGAGCAGGAGUUGAGGGCGGCCCGUGGAGGUCGAAGGCAGAGACAGGGAAACACCUCCUACUCGCCACAGAGACAGCUGAUGGUCCUGGGGCGGCUGCCGUCUGGGGGUCACCGGAAAGGGGACUAGAAAUGGGGGCACUCUGGCUCCUCUCCAGCAAAAGGCUGAUCCUGCUGCAGCCCCCAGAAAAAGCCCUGAGCGUCGAAAAAGCCCCGAGCGUCGAAAAAGCCCCAAGCGUCGCAGGGUCAUGACUGCUGAGGAGCCUGUCCUCUGGCUGGAGGGAGCAGGCAGAACAGAACAAAGGGGCUUCGCUGAGCUCCUGGGUGUCGCACCCCAGCCCCCGCUGCGCUCCCUGGGGAAGAGUUUAGCCACCAGGUUCCUGAGAGAAGAGAGUAAAAUUGUGGAGGUGGACUGGGUUUCUGUGCUGGUAGAGAAGGGUCCUUCGGGGGCUGCAGAUGGGGUCGUGUAGGUGAUCGUCAACUUGGGGCGCCCCCCACCGCCCCCGGUGCCAACCACGCAGCAGGAGCGUCCCCACUGCCCGGGGGCGGGGGGACGUGAGAACAUGGAUAGAGUCUUCACAGCUGUGUUUCCCUCCCUGGGCACUAGCUCAUCUGUAGCCUGCUAGCCCCUGCAAGUGAGCCCCGCCAGGCACGUGAAGGGGCUAAGGACACGGCUGGACAGGUGUCGUGAGCGCUGCCACGCGCGGAAGAGCCGCCCUCCGCCGCUCACUCAGGCUCGUUGGGCGGCAUGCGGUGCCGGCGCCUGCGGGGGUUGAAGGCUGCCGUUCCAGGGGCACUGGCUGGCUGCAGCCUCCCUGUCGGCGCUGUGGCAGACGGAGCACUUUGCCUUUGGAAGUGGGAGCUUGCGCCUUCGGGCAUCAAGAUGGGUCUGAAUAUGAGGGAGGAAGUUAGGGCCAACUUGGGGUGACACGCGGAGGCCAUGGUGGGAGGUGUGCAUUUGUCCAGAGCCACGAUCAGAGGCCCCUCCGUAGGAAUCCAGCAAGUGGAGAGGCCGAGGCCGAGGGAAGGCCCAGGCUCUGGCUCGUUAAGUGCAAUCUAUCACUCGUUCCCUGGCCCAGAGCGAGCCAUCAGGGGCCUCACAAGGGCCAGCCUGGGAAAGAGAGGGAAUUGCGGUUUUUAACAAACGUAACUGUGACCCUGAGCCUGUCUAAAGGGGAUUCUGACAGAUAAGGCCAGGAGACAAGACCGAUGGCAUGAAAAACAUCUUUAGAGAUCUGUUUAAUAUUCUGGAACACUAACUGCUGGCCUGAGGAUGGAACAUGACCCUUUUUGUCACUGCUGCCUGAUGCUCCCCCUUGGCAUGCCUGUUUUUAAGUUCGUCCUGGGCAUGAGGCCGCGCGUCAGGCCACCCCUGCUGGGCUGGAGCUGAGGGCGCUCCCUGGGACCACUUCUCUCUGGCCAUAAAAUGACAGCUGUGCCAGGGUCCCCACCGGCUCGGUGGCUAACCCCCCAGGUCUGUUCCCCACUCCGACAGGCCAGCAGGCAGUUUCUCUCCUUUAAAAGGUCCCUCCCUCCCACCCUUGCUAGUAACUCCCCGGCUCAGGCCGGCCCCCGGCCCCUUCGGCUGAGUGGGCCUGCAGGCUCUCCCUGGCCUCGGUGCCUGCCUGCUGGCUUCACGCCUAGCCACGUACCGAUUCUGGAUUCUGCCGCUCAGGCCCUAAGUUCAGAGGCAGUUCUUCUCCAGGGACUCAAAGCUGUUUUCAGUUAGAGCGGAAAGAAUGUAACCCAUCAGCCUGUCCUCUUGAAUGUAAGAGUAUUCCUGAAAGGAAGUUUCCUCCUCAUUGUCCUAAAGAAGCUUGGAAUUUUUAACACUUUCCAUUCUAGGACAUAGUUUCAGAAAGCCAGAAAACUAAAACAGAACUCGGUGACCCCCCGUCAUCACCAAGAAAGCCUGAAGGGGUUGGGUGGGGGGGGGAGUGUAUUUUCAAAGGUUUUACAAAGGACAGGGAAGUAUGUAGUCCUCCGCUUGAACCAGAUACUGAAAGGAAAACAGCUUGGCAUGCUAAUUAGAAGCUUCACUUCUCCAGAAACUUCAAUCAUUUGUAUUCCCUCCCACCUGAACACUCUGAAAUUGAGCUAUGGCUGAGUUUUCUGUUAGGCAGGCAUCUGCUCUGUCAACAGGUCUCACCUUCACCCCGAUGUGUCCCCACUGGGCGGAGCGUGGCGAGCGGGUCUGUGUGUCCGGCACUGCAGCCCUGCCCUUCGCACGGGCUUGGGAACUGGCUGGUGCUGAAGCUUCUGGAAGUUCCAGUAUUGGCACCCUGCUUUUUUCCUCUUCCGUCCUAGGCCCCCCGCCUCCACCCGUUGUUGAGAGGGGAAGCCCUGCCUCCUAGCCCCGCUACAGCACUGGCCUCUCGACCGGCGAGUGCGAAGGAGCACCAGCGGGUUGCCACACGCUUUGCACGUGGGGCUUUCUCGGCUUCUCCCUGCCACCAGAUCCCUUCAGGGGGUGAGCUCAGACGUUGCACAUCGAAUCCUGGGAAGGGUCUUUUUACCCACCUGAGAUCAGGUCAAAAGCUAAAGUCCUUGGCUGUUCUCGGCACCGAGUAGGACACUGUGGACACGUCCCUUCUUCAUGGCCACAUCCGCCCGGUCCUCAGAGGGCUCUUGGGACACAGGGCCCCUUGUCCUUGGGCUCGGUGCUGUGUGGUUGCACACCUGGACACACACUCUUAGCAAGCUCAUGCUUUCCACAGUUGAAGAUUUAAGUUAAGAAUGAGCCUGAAGUGAGUCUAGUAAACCCGCUGGUUUGGGGCCCUUUGCUGGGAAGCCGUGACAUGCAGGCAGGAUGGAAAUGAACAGUGUCACUGUCCCCAAGGGCGGGCUGCUGGAGGACACCCAGCCUCAUUCUUGUGCCCCUUUGAGAACGAGUUUCAAGUAUCCUUGUUUCUUUAUAAAGGGAAGAGGGCUCCCUUCUCGAAGUGUUUCAACAGAAGAUGCUCAGCAGAGUAGGGGGAACAGGUCAGCACCCCUGCCCCUGCGUAGGGAGCCAGGAGCACCUGCUCAGACGCAGCCUGGGCCCUUGUCCUCCACGCGUCCACACGGGCCUUGGGAAGAGAAGCCACUGCGUGCUGUGUGUGGACGCCAGCCUCUCUGUAUUGAAAAGCAGCCGUGUUUAUUUUCUUUAAAAGAACCUGUACAUUAUCCAGAGUGAGCGGUGUAAAUAUUACUGGGAAGCUACCACAGGGAUUUUUUGUUUGUGACAAAGUUUGUGUUGGUUUAAAAAAAUAAAAUCCUAUGCAGACCUCCCUUUGUAAGCUGGCGCGGACAGCUUUGGGUACAACCUUGACCUCCACCCAGCAUUAUAAGGAAAUGUCUUUCAUGGCUGAUGUGUCUCUUUAAAAGCUGUGGCCACUUCACGGGGGGGCGGGUUGUAAAGAGUGUAUGACCGUGAGCACAGUCGGCUGCAUCCAUGCCCUGUGCACGUGGCAAGAACACCGUGAUGCUUGCCGCCAGACCCCCCCCGACCCCCAACCCUCCAGGGAGAGCAGCACAGGGAAGAGGGGCCGUCUUCCCCACACCCUGGCCAGGCUCAUGGAAGACUUGGAGGGAGAGGUCAUUUCAAACACAGUUGUCGCAGGACCGGCCCGAACGGGUGACCUGUGAGCACUCGCCGGGCCAGGCGUCUGCAUCUCAGCUCCCGGGUUCUAUCGUGGGACAGCGUCGAGGGCGGCAACCUGGCCAUGUGGUCACACCAUCUCAGAACUGGAUCGUCCGGUCCUCAGGCUGAGCCAGGAGGGCAUGCAGGUCUUGAGGGGAAGGGACGCGGUCCGUGGGUGCUGGUCGUUGGGGGAGGGGGGGAGGACGCAGUUGGAACGCCGCAAAGGAGCGGAGUUCUGGAAAGGCAGUGGUCGCCGGACACAGGGCACCUGUCACCUGUCCUGGGCCUCGGUUCUUUGCCCUUCAAAACUAGUAGCACACAUUUCAGUUUUGUUUUAUAGGAAGCUAGAAAUAGAUCAUAUAAAGAACACUAAAGUCAUUAUUGUGUCACGUUUCUAUCACAAAACCAAUUAAAGUGGAUUUUAGGAUUUACCUUUAGUAUUAACGACUUAUCUACUGAUGUAUUGUUAGGACUUAAAACCAGUUAAGUGAUAAGAAUUCAUGUGGUUUUCCUAAGUAAUAUUUAUAAAAUGUAAAGUUUCUAAGUGACUCCUCAGCAACUGUAAUUCUUAGUAACUUUUCUCACUAGUAGAUUCUUCUAUCGGCGUGAAUGUCUCCGGUCAGCUCCGGGGGACACCGUGCCGGCCGCGGGGGGAGCGGACGCACGGACAGGGUGCAGCGUGUACAUACCGUUUUCUGCUCUGACAAGUUGGGAAAUAAUCCACAGCAGAGACUUCUGCCACUGCGAAUUCUCUCAGCCGUCCGGUGAUACUCAAACCACAGGCUUGUAUGAGUCUAACUGGUGUUUAAUUUCUGUAAUAAAGCGAAGCGAUAACGUUCACCAAACCCAAGUGCUGUGCGGAGGCAAGCAGAGGCUCGGGGAGUGCGAGUGGGUCCUGCAGGCCCACCUGCAGGUGCAGUGGGGCCCCGGGGGGGGGGGGCGGCUCCCGUCAGUUGCGCGGUGCUCCCCAACAGAUGAGCCUGGCCGGCUGAGCCGCCCACCCUCUAUGACAAGUCACGAUUGUGAUGGUGUCCUUGCAGCUGUUUUUUUAAUUAACAAAGUUUCUGAACGACUGUUCACUAUAGUUUGAAGUGUUACUUUGUCAGAGUAUUUAUUCCUCUGUGUGACAUGCUAGAUUCCCGUGGAUGUAGCUGAUCAUUUCUAUUUUGUAAAUAUUACCUAACUUUACAUAAACUAUAUCAUAAUAAACUAUUUUUGCAUC